UUUUUGUUGGAGACAAGAUGGCGGCGGGCGAGGGGAUUUUGAUCGGAGACAAGGUUUAUUCGGCCGUCUUCCUCACCAUCGACAACUCCCUCAUCCCCGAGGAGAAGCUCUCACCCACGCCGUCUAUGCAGGAUGGCCUGGACCUGGAGGUGGAGACUGACCUGCGGAUCCUGGGCUGUGAACUGAUCCAGUCGGCCGGGAUCCUGCUGCGUUUACCGCAGGUGGCCAUGGCGACAGCCCAGGUUCUCUUCCAGCGUUUCUUCUUCUCCAAGUCCUUCGUCAAACACAGUUUCGAGAUUGUUGCAAUGGCUUGUAUCAAUCUUGCAUCUAAAAUUGAAGAAGCACCUCGUCGUGUGAGAGAUGUGAUAAAUGUAUUCCACCAUUUGCGUCAGCUAAGAGGCAAAAGGACUCCAACACCACUGAUACUUGACCAAAACUACAUUAACACCAAAAACCAAGUGAUCAAAGCAGAAAGACGAGUACUAAAGGAAUUGGGAUUUUGCGUUCAUGUAAAGCAUCCACACAAGAUAAUCUUUAUGUAUCUUCAAGUGCUUGAGUGUGAAAGAAAUCAAACACUUGUGCAAACAGCUUGGAAUUACAUGAAUGACAGUCUGCGCACAAGUGUAUUUGUCCGGUUUAAGCCAGAAACCGUAGCAUGUGCAUGCAUCUACCUUGCAGCUAGAGCUUUACAAAUUGUUUUACCAAAUCGCCCUCAUUGGUUUGUGCUUUUUGGUGCAAAAGAAGAGGAAAUCCAGGAUAUUUGCAUCACGACUUUGAAACUUUAUACCCGAAAGAAGCCUAACUAUGAGCAUGUGGAGAAAGAAGUAGAGAAGAGGAAAGUUGCAUUACAGGAAGCUAAAUUAAAAGCCAAAGGAUUGAACCCUGAUGGAACUCCUGCACUUUCCACUUUGGGAGGCUUCUCUCCAGGUUCUAAACCCUGUUCACCCAGAGAAGCUAAGUCCGAAGACAAGACGCCUGGAAUUCAGAAUGCUAAAGCAAUCAAAAAGGAGUCUGAAGACCGUCAGUUGAACUCUAAAAGCCCAUACAACGGGCUGAGAAAAGAAAGUAAACCAAGCCGAAACAGUAGGAGUGCCAGUCAUUCAAGGUCACGGACAAGAUCAAGGUCCCGUUCACCACGAAGGCACUACAAUAGAAGAAGUAGAUCUGGGACUUACAGUUCCCGAUCAAGGAGCAGAUCCCAUAGUCACAGCAUGUCCCCUCGUCGACGUCACAAUCAUGUAUCACCUCACAUCAAAUCAAAAUCUCAUCGCAGUGAGGAAACAAAAAUUUCUGUAAGGCAUGGUCACAAGAGGAAGAAAUCACAUAGUAGAUCCCAUAGCCGUAGUAAGUCCAGGGAGCGUUGUGAUCUUGUAAAGAAACGACGUCAUGAAAAAGAGCAUCAUAGGGACAGACAUGAGCGGUCGCAUUCUUAUGAAAGAUCCCAUAAAAGUAAACAUCAUAGCAGUAGUCACUCAGGACAUAGCAGGCAUCGUCGGUAAAUACUAAGUUAAUUUAAUUAUAAUACCUAAAUGUAAUUACUUUCACUGUAUAGAAUAUUGACUUGUAAAUGAUGCUUUUUAUAAGUGGUUUGUUUAAAAGGUUACUUGGUUUAUGCAAAGAUCAUUAAUGGAAAAACAAAUGGAAAAAUUUUUGCAUAUUUUCAAAGAUACUUUAUUUGACUGUAUAAUUAACCAUGGACAAAUUUAUGUAUGCAGAGCUUUUCUCUAUUCUACAGAAUUUGAAAGGAGUUUGCUGUAGAUGUAUACCUUAUUUUUAUACAAUGAAAAUGGACACUGGGUAUAUUUAAAUGA